UGCGCUCACACGCUGCGUGAUCCCCAUCACAAACCGAGAGCGGCGGCGGCUCCGCUCAACCGAUGGAGUAGUAGUACUAGUAGUAGUGGGAGUGCUUCCUUUUAGCCCCCUUUUUCUCCUCCUUUUUCUUUAAUGGAUUCGCCUUUUCUCUGGAAUAUUGCUUCAUCCCGUCGCGAGUGAGCAGCUGUGAAUCCUGAGAGGAGAAGUCUCCCAACAGGAGACAAGAUGGCGUCCAACAACACCCUGCGCAGCUACUCUAUCAUCCCAUGUUUCAUCUUUGUAGAGCUCGUCAUUAUGUCCGGCACGGUGUUGUUAGCCUACUACAUGGAGUGCACGGACCUGUUCAGCGUGCAUGUGCAGGGUUUCUUCUGUAACGACGCGGAGCUGAUGAAGCCGUACCCCGGCACAGAGGAGUCCAGCUUCGUACCCCCUCUCAUCCUGUACUGCGUGGUAGCUGCUGCUCCCACUGCUAUAAUUUUCAUCGGAGAGGUGUCCAUGUACGUGAUGAAAUCAACGAGGGAAGCUCUCCUGGCCCAGGAGAAAACCAUUGUGACAGGAGACUGCUGUUACCUCAACCCUCUUAUUCGUCGCAUCAUACGCUUCAUAGGUGUGUUUGCAUUCGGUCUGUUUGCCACAGACAUCUUCGUCAAUGCGGGCCAAGUGGUAACGGGAGGUCUCUCGCCCUACUUCCUCUCUGUCUGCAAGCCCAACUACACUGGCACAGAGUGUCGUUUUAAUCACCAGUUUAUCAUCAACGGCAACAUCUGCACUGGAAACCCCAUUGUUGUGGAGAACGCACGCCGGUCGUUCCCAUCCAAGGACGCUUCACUGAGUGUUUACUCCGCUGUUUACCUGACGAUGUACAUCACCAGCACCAUCAAGACCAAGUCCAGCCGUCUGGCCAAGCCUGUUCUCUGUCUGGGUACGCUCUGUUCGGCCUUCCUCACUGGCCUCAACCGAGUCUCAGAGUACCGAAACCACUGUUCGGACGUAGUGGCUGGAUUCAUACUGGGAUCAGCCGUCGCUCUGUUUCUGGGUAUAUGUGUUGUGAACAACUUCAAAGGCGUCCACAGUGCAGCAGCUAAACAGAAAACUGAAGAUUACCGCGGUCUGCCUCUGAUGACUUUCCCCCGUGUAGAGAGCCCUCUGGAGACCCUCAGCGCACAGCAAUGACACAUGUUCAAAAGAACAUACGGGCAUGACAUUUUGCACUACACCCCUGUACUUCUUCCCAGUUGCACAGAAACAUAUACAGAACCUCACACAGAGCACUCCUGAUAUUGGUUGACAAUAAUUUCCUCUACCUUUUCAUUUCCACACAUUUCCCUCCUUUCUUUACUACUUUCUUUCUUAUUCCUCUCAACACUUAUACUCCAUCCCUCCUCCCACGUCCAUUUUCAGAACCACUCGGCAUCGAUGACGGAGGUCACAUGACUAAGGGGGCAGCACCGGGUCACGUUUGCGUCUCCACAGCACUUCCAGACACAAUGACGAGGACGCAUGCCACGUGGCUCCGAAUGCUUGACAAAAAACACUCCUGAUAUAUCUGUUUAAUUCACCUAGGGGACAAAAUACAACAUGUUUCUUAUGGUUCUCAUCUAGUUGGGCUAUGCUCAAUUCAACCUGCCAAGGCACACAGAUCUCAUCAGUUGUAAAAAUAUCACAAGGCAAACUUAAGCACAGAUUGUUUUUUCCAGAUACUUGAAACCAUUUGAAACAUGGGACAUUUUUUCCCUCCAAGGUGUGCUGUUUGUAGUUAGAGGACAGUGUUUUGUACAUUUUUGUAUGAGCGAGUGCUGUAGCCUAUCCUGACGGUGUUAAACCUGCACACUUCCUGUCAGCUGACUCACUUUGUUUUACAUCACAUCCUGUCAGGUGACUUGCCUCGUUGAUCACCACAUCUAUCCCCCUCAGUCUGAAAAAUCUGCUAUGGAAAAAAUAUUGAUGUUGUUGUUCUGUGAUGUAUGUCAUUUGUACAGAGAAAAAAGACAGAAUCCUUCUUUUUAUUAUCUCUUUCUGUACAUUUAUUGACCAUGUCAGGUCAUAUUUUGUAAAGAUUUUUGUCAAUCUGUAUGACUAUUAUGAUCCAUUUGGACCUGUUUGCCUGCUGUAAACCUGGAUAUGUUUUGGUAUCAGUUUUAGGUGUUUUGGGGAACAACCCCAAUCCCCUUUGGAGGAAAUGACAAGGAAGAGUCAGUGACAUCCUCCGAGUCAGAAAAUGGGGUUUGGCACUUGCACCGCCAUGUUAUCAGUCACAAUGAAAGUGAAAUAUGAUUGGUUGAAAUGAUCACUCUGUGUGUGUUUCACCCCAAUUUCCUGAUUCACUGUGAUGUUAAUAGGGUUUUUUCUACAGAGGGGUCUAGUAGGGCUAGCCUGUGCCAGAUCUACCUGAAGAUUUCACUCGUAAGGCUGUACAUUUAUAUUUAAACUGAAAUCCCAAUGGAAGACACUGCUAUAAAAUACAUGGAAAAAAGAAAAAGAGAGACAGAAAUGCUCAUUGGAGUGAAACUCAGUGACUUACUUAAGGCCUGGCUAGCUCUUUUAUUGGAAACCAGGCUAAUGACUCCUGCUUCACUUUUCCUCCUUGAGGCACCCCAUCCCCUCCCCGAAACCAAACCAGUGGAUUGUGAUGCAAUGUUGUGACUCCAUUUCUCAUUGGAAGAUACGCCCAGCAUGAAGAAAGAACUCAAGAUGUUUUAUAGAUAUUCAUGAUUUCAACUAUACUCAUUAUCAUUGUGGUUAUAAACGUCUUUUACUUUGAGAACAAAAAAAGCAUUUUAUUGGAAAUGCUGCAUAUAUAUAUUUUUUCUUGGUUUGUCCACAAAUUAAAUAGUCAG